AUGGUCCCCUUACAAGCUCCAGUGGCUUCAUGCUUCACACGCCGACGUAUAGGUCCUGACACACCCGGGGUACUAGAGCUCUUUGUAAAGCCUCCUGUGAUUGUUCUACGAAGCCAAAAUAGAUUUAGAGACCAGAAGCCUCGAGGUCGUCAGAAGACAAUUUUCAUAAGGCGCGUGUGGCCACAGGUGUGGUCUUGCCUCACACUCCAAAAUGCACUCAAGACCUCACACUCCAACACGAACUCAAGACCUCACACUCCAGCAUACACUCAAGACCUCACACUCCAGCAUACACUCAAGACCUCACACUCCAUCACACACUCAAGACCUCACACUCUGGCCCACCAGAGAACUCCAGGGGCCUCUGCCUCCAGCACCACCUCAAGACCUCCACCUCCAACAUGCACUCAAGACCUUACCUCUAACACCCCCUCAAGACCUCCACCUCCAACAUGCACUCCAAGACCUCCUGCUCCUUUGAACCUCAGAACCUCCUCCGCAUACCUCAAGACCUCACACUCAACAUGCACUCAAGACCUCCCCUCCAACACGAACUCAAGACCUCCCUCCAGCAUGUACUCAAGACCUCCACACUCCAACCUUACACUCAAGACCUCAUUCAACAUACCCAAGACCUCACAUUCCUUCACCCAAACCUCAUUCAACACCUCCAAGACCUCACCUCAACACACACUCAAGACCUCACACUCCAACAAGAACUGGACACAUAGGCACAGAGUGUGA